AUGAAGGUCACUCCGCUUGUGUUGGCGGUACUGGCAAAGGCCAUUGAGGCAGCCCCUCAACCUGUCGUUGCCUCGUCAGGUGUUGGUGCUACCACGUCUGACGUCUACCCUCCAGCAUCCACAUCGGUCGACCCCUCUCAGUUCCCGCCUGAGUCAGUGGUGCAAUUCCCCGGCCCAACAGUGACAGGUCUCGAGCCAGCUGCUGCCCAGACCGCUCCCUUGUACCCGUACAACACUCAAGGGGCUGCCGCCUUUCCUCUGGUUGCUGCUCAGCCUCAGGGAUCCAACUCGAGCUCCAAAGUCGACAUCACUCGCUUCUGGGGUAACCUGUCGCCCUGGUACUCACUGUCGUCUGCCGACUACGGCUUGCCCAAAGCCAGCCCACUCAUUCCAGAUGGCUGCUCCAUCAACCAAGUCCACCUCCUGUAUCGCCACGGUGCUCGGUACCCUACUGGCGGUGCUGCCCCUGCGACAUUCGCUUCUAAACUUGCCAAUGCCACCAAGGGAGCCGGGUUCCAGGUCUCCGGCGACCUGGCUUUCCUGGCCGACUGGAGCUACAAACUGGGUGCUGAACUCUUGACUCCUUUUGGACGAAGCCAAAACUUCCUCCUCGGAUUGUCAUACCGACAGUUGUAUGGCGAAUUGCUCAACAACUUCACUGCUCAAGGAGCUCUCCCUGUCUUCCGCACCGAGUCUCAGGACCGCAUGGUCAAGACGGCCGAGAACUUUGCCGCUGGUUUCUUUGGAGUGCCCGAGUAUGUAGACCAGGUCAACAUUGAGAUCCUGGUCGAAACCCCAGGGGUCAACAACUCGGGAGCCCCCUAUGAGAUCUGCAACAACUCCAACAUUGCCAGUCGAGGAAGCAUCGGCAGUACUCUCGCAACCAAAUUCGCCAACAACGCUUUCAAUGCCACCCUGGCCCGUCUGAACUCUCAGGUCUCAGGCAAUCUGACCCUGACUCCCACCGAUGCUAUCGCCAUGCUUCAGCUCUGCUCGUACGAGACUGACGCUCUGGGAUAUUCGGCCUUCUGCCCACUUUUUACGUUGGAGGACUUUGAGAACUACGAAUACUACUAUGAUUUGAUGUUCUACUACAACAACGGCCCCGGCUCUCCGGUUGCUGCUGCUCAGGGUAAGGGCUACCUCGCCGAGUUUGUCUCUCGAUUCACCCACACCUAUCCCGCCGCGCUCUCUGCUCUCAACGAGACAUUCGACAACAACCCGACGGAUUUCCCUCUGAAUCAAUCCAUCUACGCCGACGCGACCCACGAGGUGGUUGUCCUCGACACCCUCACUGCCUUCAACCUUACGGCGCUGUUCAAGGGACCUCCUUUGAGCGGUAGCGGCAACCAGGGGCAGAACAACUUUGUUGCUAGCAAGCUCGUCCCCUUUGCCACUCACUUUACUGCCCAAGUGCUCGAGUGCCCCGCCAUGACCCCCACCAAACAGAUUCGGUUCAUCGUCAACGACGCCGUCAUUCCCGUCUCCGACUCGCACCCGGGGUGCCCUGUCGACCCCAACGGUCUAUGCCCCUUUGACAACAUGGUCAAGGUGCUCCAGCAGCGCCUCAACGAGAUCGACUUCAACUACGACUGCUUUGCCAACUACACGGCCUCGGCAGGUGUCAACUACAACGGCCGAGCGCCCCAUGGUGCCACGUCAUAG